UACACACAUACACUCAAUCACGAAUGCACAGGGAUUGCAGCAACAGCAGCAGCACCGCGAGAUGGAGAUCUCCGCUGCGUGUGUGAGUGCCUAUUCCCGCUGUCACUGCACCGGUUGCCUCUUUCUCUGUCCUCCCGCAGCCUGUGAGAGCUGCUCCAGUGGCUGGACGGUGCCCUGGCACCCACUGAAUACAUGGAUGAACACUGGCUCUACACGGGAUCUGUGCUUUCUUGUCCUUUGCACCUCUGAUCUGUUUCUCAAGGAAAUAUGGUGAGCAAAGAGGACACCAAAUGCGUUGUUCUCUCAAAUUCAGAUGAAUCAGAUUCAGAGACAGGCCCAUCACACAGCCUUGAUGCACAGUCUGGACCAGAAUCAGGCAAGCAGCAAGUGAAGAAGAGAAACAAGGCUUUGCAAGUGCGUUUUAAGGAUAUCUGUGAAGCUCAGAAUGAGCAUCGUGGUAGACGCUCCAGAUCCAUUUCCUGUAAAGUGACACACAGAAAAUACAUGACCAUGCCUGCCAGACGCUCUAUUCCAAAUGUGACUAAGAGUACUGGUGUCCAGACCUCGCCAGACCUCACUAAGCGAUACAAGACUUUCCCCUUUGAGAGGAAAAAAGGACAUACAUUUAAACAUACUGCUUUGGUGGAAGAUUACAGAGGACAGAACAAUGGUUUUUUGAGUGAUAUAAAGGCAGGAGGUGAGGAUGGACAACCUAUUGGAGAGUCCUCUAAGUAUAAGGGUAAGAUUGUGGGGCAAACAAAAGCAUUGCUUCACCACACUGAUGACAGCAGUGAUACAGAGGAUUUGCUUUCCAGUGCCAAUUGUGUGGAUGGACCUUCUUGUCCAGACUCUUCACAUUUCUCGGAUGAGUGCCAUCCACGCAGCUCUCCUUCCAAGAGAGAACCAGAAUACCAGGUUUGUGGGACAAGGACCAAACACAAAGGAUUACCCAAAGAAGAUAUGGAUGCUGGCACUUCCUCAAAGCGCCAGCUGGCUAACUCAGAGUUUUCACAGGACAAGUCAAAGGGCUCUGGCCCUGUUGCGUGGAACUCUUUGACACAGGUGGAGUCUUUAGGAAGCCCGACUGUGAGCUGUAAGCGGAAAAAGGGGACACAGUUAAAUGAACAGCAGUCACAGACACUUCCCCAUAGUGCCAAAUGUUCUGUACAGUCGCAAGGGCAGUGUCGGACAAGGCAUGUGUCAGCCUCCUCUAAACUCCAGCAAACAGUUGGGGGGGACGAGGGCUUUCCUCCACGAGACACCAGAGCCCCAGGCAUGGGGAGCAGCCAGCAGAUAAUGCCCUUAUCUGGAGACAAGGAUAUCAAAGCACAGCUGCAGGCCAUGGAGACUCUCAUCAGCUCGAGCCAGGAGACCAUCAAAGUCCUACUUGGAGUUAUUCAGGAGCUGGAGAAAGGUGAAGCACAGAGAGAAGGGCUCUCCUACCGAACAGGACAAGACACAGCAAAUUGUGACACUUGUCGAAACAGCGCAUGCAUCAUUUACAGUGUCGAGCUGGACUUCAAGCAGCAGGAGGACAAACUCCAGACCCUGAUGAAGAGACUUUGCCCCCUAGACGGCCAACAAUGCCCUGCUCUGCCUUACUCCAAUGAAGUGUUCACAUCCACCCCGAAACGCAAGUCUAAGACAGAGUCCAAAAAGCAUGCUCGUUGGAAACUCUGGUUCCUCUGAAUAAAACAUGAAGGCUAUGGAAACAGCCUUUUCACUGGGCACAUUAAUACCCCUGUUCUUCACAAAAUGGAUGAAGGAGUAUUCAGAGGGUGAAAUCAACAUAUGAGAAUGGAUUUAUUUGGGUUUCUGUGUUGAGACUGCACAUUAAGUCAGCUGGGGGACAGCAGAGACAAAAAAAAACUCUUAAAAACUCUGUCAAACCUUUUUUCUGACAUGUUUGCUGAAGAGGAUCGACACACACCUGGAAAAACUAGGUGAGCUUUGGGAUACAUUUUUGUACAUGUAUUUUAAGCUGUGUAAAGAUCGAUGAUAUUUAUAUACUGGGAAUAUGCACCUCUCACUUUAUAUGUAUGUCUUUUUAUUGCAUCCUCCAAUGCAAUGCACUUUUGGUCUUUUUUCCCUUAGAGCAUAUUGCUUGGCAACAAGAGGAGGCGCCAUGUGGAGGGCCUUUUAUGAGUGAAGCUAUAAUCUUUGAAUGGACAUCAGCCCUACCUCCGGCAAAGCACAAACAUUUGACUAUUGAGAGGAACAUACGUAAAAGACUGAAACACAGUACAGUACAUGGCAGUGUGUCAGUGCUGUUCUUAUAACCCUGUCUAUUCUCUCCUCUUCCUCCUUAUCUGUUAACGUCCUGCUCAGUUUGUCUGUCUGACUGAACGUCUGCCUGCCUUUGUUAAUAACCCCUGUCUCCUCCUUCUCUUUGUAACUCUGGUCCUUUAUCUCUCUCUCUCUCUCUCUCACUCUGUCUUUCUUUCUAUCUCUCCAUUUAGCUCACUGUGCAAUCAACCAACUAGCCAGCCAACUUUGCCUCACUCACCCUGUCCUUUUUCUGCUGGCUACACUGACACAUAAUGUUCAAAAACCUAUAUUUUAGAAUAACCGCAUCUUUUUAGCAAAGUACUGUGAAAUUACAUUUUAAAUUGUAUACUGUAUGUUUGGGCCCCUCCUCUUGAAGCAGGUACAAUAUUGUACUGAAAAUGCAGAAGAAGUCUUUUGGGUUAGGUCAGAUUUUUUUUACAGUAUAUAAUGUUUUGACUACUUUUAAGGCAGAAUAUUUUCUAUGAUAACUUAAAAAGUGUUUGGGAGGGUUUUUUUUUUUUUGCUUUGUUUUGAAUUUCCAACAAAAAGUAAAGGCUAUUUUGACAUUUCUUUUUGAGUCUAUUAAGAGUUUGCCUUGCCUCUCAGUCACUCAUUGUGUCACAGCAAAGCUCUGAUGUGAAGUCUUGAUCUAUUUUAUAAGUCAUUUCAUGCCCACUUAGCAAACACUUGACACUUGACGUGUAGAAAUACUGAUUUAUCUUGCCACUGAAAGAUCCAUCUUGUAAAAUGAGACUUUUUUUUUUUUCAAAGACCAAUACCAAACAUCUGUUUACCAACCCACACAAACAACUGUGCACUGAACUUGCAAGAGCAGAAGGGCUAUAUACAGUGCUAAAGGACUCCGGUAGCAAUCUUACAGCAGAGAAGACUUGUAGCCACCAGCUUUGGUUAAGUACAAGAAGAAAAAAAACAAAACACUGAUGAUGUAGCAAUGAUACUGAACAUGCACGCUGUUACAAAGCAGGUAUUUACUGAAUUCUUAAAGUUAUUUUAUAACAGCAGCUCUUAUGUACAUUAUGGUACUGUUAAAUGUUCAAGAAACGUCAGGAAGACACAUACUGGCCUCCCAUCGUUAGACUACGCAGUAGAUUACAUUAUUCAGGUCACCAAUGUCCAUGCAAAGAUCUGUACCUUGAGAAAGUGCAAUUUAGUGAUCAUGUGCAAUAUUAUGCAUUUUUCUACUGUUUCUACAUCACAAUUAAAACAUUUUCAACUGAAGGUGAUUCAGUGUGCUGCUAUGUCGACUGAAUGCUGGAGGCAAUAAAGUUGCAAAGUGCGAGGGGCUAUUUUGAGCGCUCCGGGUUCCAGAA